GUUGUUAAAGUUAAAUGUCUCUGAUGAAUAAAAGAGAGCUUUGCAUGAAGGAUCACAGCUAAACUUUUAUUCUCUUUAACAUGAUCUUUAGUAAAAAUGCAAAGAGAAGGAGACUUAUAUCUUUAACUUUAUUCCUAUUCCAUCCAACGAAGAGAGUCUCUCUUAAAGCUUACAAUUCUAAUUGCCUAUAAAUAUACAAGAACAAGUUAUUACUUGAACAAAUAGUCAUUGCUGCUUUCUUUGUUUGCUUGUAAGAACUUGUUUCACUGGCAAUGGCAAGGAAUGUAGGGUUCUUCAUCUGUAUCUUGAUCCUAGCCAUGGAUGUUUCAGCAGGAAUUCUCGGCAUUGAAGCUGAAAUAGCUCAGAACAAGGUCAAGCAUUUGAAGAUGUGGAUUUUCGAGUGUAGAGACCCGAGUUACACAGCCUUCAAGUAUGGUUUAGCUGCCUGCAUCCUUUUGGCGUUAGCCCAUGUAACUGCUAACUUGCUUGGUGGGUGUUUAUGUGUUGUCUCAAGACAAGACCUUGAGAAGUCCUCUGCGAAUAAACAGCUCGCCGUGGCUUCUCUGAUAUUCUCCUGGAUUAUAUUAGCGAUUGCGUUCUCGAUGUUGAUCGUAGGGACAAUGGCAAACUCAAGAUCAAGAAAGAAUUGUGGGAUAUCGCACCAUCGGGUUCUGUCCAUAGGAGGGGUCCUCUGUUUCAUUCACGGUCUCUUCGCUGUUGCUUAUUACAUCUCUGCAACUGCUUCAACACGAGAACAGACAAGCGCCAUCCAUGCUUGAAAUUUUUUCUUUCUUUAAUUAAAUUUAACACAAUGUUUUAAUUUGACUUAAUGAUAU